AUGGCUACUGACUGGCAACCGGAGUGCCUGGUCACUCAGAACCAGCCAUCACUGGAUCCUGUUGGAGCUCAUUCUGAUCGAGCUUUGCAGAAUACCACUGGGAAUGUCCAGUCCUAUUCAGACCAUUUGGCUCAUGCUGAUAUCGCUGCUCGUGAGGAUCAACUCCAUCAGCUUGGCUUCAAGUAUCCUCAUGCCCCUUACCCUUCUCAACCAUUGUCGGCUGGCUUGCAACAGCAGCAUGUAGCCGCCCGGCUUCAUCAACGGAAGCUUCGCAGACUUCACUCGGUUGGGCCUAACUCUCAAUCUCGCCGGGCACGAAGCAGCUACCUCAAGUCCCAUAAGUACAUGGAAUACCGGGGUCGUCCUCGUCGUGAUACUGGCAAGGAUGGAGAGCCGGUGUGGUCUGAUGAGUUGGAGGACGCUUUCCAGCAGGCCCUCGAAGCUAACCCUCCUAUGGGUCGGAGAAAGUGGUCUGAACGGGGCAAGUCGUAUGGCCGCAACGAGCUGAUUGCUGAGUACAUUUUCAAAUUGACUGGCAAGCGGAGGACUCGCAAGCAGGUGUCAAGCCAUCUGCAGGUCCUUGACUCUUUCUUGAAGGGUGAUCCCGAUUGGGAGCGACUUGUCCGUGAGGCAUCACCAGAGCGAUCCUCGAGUGUGCAUGGCUCAGCACCCGCUCCUAAAUGGAGAACGGCAGUGGAGCACCCUUCGGCGUCCAACCACUAUGGCAGCCACACACACCCAUCAUACCAUGACCACAUGAGAUCCAUGCAGCCAUAUGCUGGAGAUCUCCCACCGCCACACUAUACCCUUGGUUCCAAUAUGCAGGAGACUGCUGCUAGCAACAUUCAUGGCUUCAGCUUCGACAUGUGGGUCAGCGCUCCUCAGCAGGUCAAUCGCAUUGACAAGGCAUUGCAUGCAUACACUCGUCUGCAAAGUGAUCUGCACCACCCCGUUCAACCGCCCAUGCCUCUUGAGCAUUUCAAGGGGUGGCGGUCCUCUUUCCCUCACCUGGCCUCCAUGGUGGAUGACAUCAACAAUCCCCUGGACUGCGACAUCAUCUUGUUAGAAGUAAACCUUGAGCUCAUGACCGACUUCCCUCCUGCGGGAUCACGGCUGGGAAUCCAGCUUGACCUAGACUACGGUCACCCUACUGCUGGCGAUGUGUUGGGAGUCAGCCAGAUGGACAACUGGACCUGCAGCACGCAUGUCUAUGAAGAUAGCCAGAGUCUCCUCGAGACUUACCACGACCUACCCAAAACCCAGUCGACCAAGGUCAAGCCUCUCUUCGAAUCAUCUUGGUGGGCUAAGCUGUUCACUAAGUUGACCCAAGAGAAGCGUAUGGCCGAGGACUCGGGAAACCUCCAAGCUGCUCGCGAUGCCGACGAGCAUACCCGUCACUUCUUCCGCUCCUUGUCUGCCGUACAGGAGCUCCGUGCCACCUCGCCCAGCUCUCGCCGGCUUUCUAAUCAAUACCAAGGCCAUCAGGGCGAUGAGAGCAAACGCAUGGCCAUUCUGGCCUGGAAGUUCCGACAAACCCGACCCGGCGAAGUCGGCACCACUACUUGGAGACGACUAAUUCCCGCUCCCGACCGGACUACAACCAACAGUCCGCGCCCAAUCUCCGGGGUGGAUCUUCCUCCCCUCUCUCUGGAUUCCAUCCUUCUCAACAAACCAUCCCACCAGGGUGUUUACCAGGCCCCUCAGCCUCAUGACCUCAUCCACCACCCGAGCCAAUCCCACUCGCAAUGGCCCAUGUACCAAUCCUCCCACGAGAACGUGGCUCAUCUCUUUACACCCUCCCAUCUCGACUUCAUGACAUCCAUCAGCAAAGCCGAAGACGGACUCAACGAUAAAAUUGCCGUCACCUCCGUGCUGGACUCCUUCUCCACCAGCCUCGCACCCGAGAGCAUCCCAUCCACAAGCCUCCACGGCUCUAGCGCACCCGUCAUGCUCAACGUGCACGAUAUGCCGCUCUCCCACCCAGGGAUGGGCUACACAAUGGGCCAUGAAGCAUCCCACUACGUGCCAUCUCAACAGCACAAUGUGAACAUGCACGAUAGCAACAGCGUGCUACACGGCUUCUUUGGUUCAAACACCCAGCCGCUGGAUGAUCUCAGUCACGGUCAGGCUUCAUGGGGUGCACACUCCACAUCCAUUCCCGGGGAUGUCGGCCCUGGGAGUUACCACCUUCCUUACCAGCCGGAACACCACGGACCUGUAUCGCGCGAGUCUCAGCCACACCAUUUUGACAAUAUCUUGCCGUCGGAGGACCUAAUGGAUAAGAUCGUCGGGCGUAUGCCUAAUGGUCCCAGCAUGCAUGGGGCGGGCCCUGAUGUGAGCGCGGGCUAUGAUAACGCCACGGUGGAUGCGGUAUAA